ACACGACCGAGUAUUGGGAAUUUUUGAGCAAUUCAGCCAUGACUGCAAUCAGAGUUUUAUUGCCCAUCUUCGUGGUAUGCAUCUUUUACGGUGUGUUCAUUGCUGGGAAAAAAUGUGAGCGAGUCAGAUUGGCAAUGUGCCAGGAUAUGCCAUACAGACGCACCCAACUUCCGAACAGAUUCAACCAGUCCAACCAAGAUGAAAUCAGUUUGGAAAUGCGUCAGUUUUGGCCGCUAGUCGAAAUUGAGUGUUCACCUUACUUGAGUCAAUUUCUGUGUUCAUUGUAUUUACCACCAUGCAGAACUGCACUUCCUUGUCGAUCACUGUGCGAGUCAACCCGACGAGGAUGCGCUCCAGUCAUGGCUGGGUUUGGAUUUCAAUGGCCGGAGAACUUUGAUUGUCAAUAUUUUCCAGAAGAUGAUGCAGACUGUAUAGCCCCGGCGAUUGAAGACGUGACUGUACUACCAACACCAGCAACAAAGACAGAGACGACACUCAGUAUUGAAGAAUCCGGUGAAGGACGAAAUUUGCAAUGUCAGUGUCAAUGUGUUGAGCACUAA